ACUCUUAAGGAAACCACAGAAGAGAACAAAGCCACAGAAAACAUCACACUAUACAAGACAAGAUUCAGGGGAAAAGAUGGGUUCAAAGGUCCCCACCGGUCAUAUAUUACUGAUUGCAGCCUGUCUGCUAAACGCAGUUGCUCCAACUUUAUCAGUGAACAGAGGUGGAGAGUGCACAUUCAACACCAAAGGCACCUGUGAGUAUCAAGGACAGAUCUUUGGCAUUGGUGAGAGUUGGAUUACUAAGGACUGCUACCAGUGUGUGUGUAUGGAGCCCUUCGGAGUGGGCUGCUGCGAUCACAACUCCCUACCAGUAGAUUAUCCCGAGUGGUGUGAGGUCAUCAAAAAGCCUGAUUCCUGCACCAGUGUUGCUGUAAUGAGAGCCAAUCACAAACUGCCUUGUCUUUAUGGGAAGUGGGGCAGGAUGCGACCUGAGACAUGGACGUCUGACAAUGAUUUAUUGUUCUAAAUCACUUAUUUAGGUUUGUAAUAACUGUUCAUUUUAUUUUUUAGGUAUUGAAAAGGAUCUGUCAUUUUUGCCAUCUUUAAAGAAUUAUUGGCUCUCUCUGUCAAUAUAUAAUUCAGGUUUAGUGUUCAAACCUGAUUUAUGUUUUGAUACGUAGAACCUUAUUGGUUCCUUAUUGGUUCACCUUAUUGGGUCACUAUAGCCAUUUUAAAACAGAAAAGGUUUGCCACUUGAUAAAACUGCACAUAAAAUAAUUGUGAUUGCCAAAAUCAUAUCUUGAUGUUCUCAAUAUUGAUAUUGGGGAUACCAGUUGCUCUGAACAGAACUAGGAUGCAUUUAUAAUUGCUGAAAUGCUGGAAUAUUUAAAUAAUUAAACAAUUGUUCAUUUCAUGGACCACAUUUGUAUUGUUUUUC